CCCCGGCUGAUGGGGCUCCUGAGGAAGCAGCGGCAGCGCUCGCCCUCUGGCCGCGCUGCUGGGCAGCCCUGCGCUGCCCCCGCCAGUGCCGCCAGUGCCACCAGUGCCCGCCAGCUGCAGAGCACAGCCAUGAGCAGGCUGCACCGCGCGGCUGCCCGCGGCGACCUGGCCUGGCUGAGGCGCUGGCGCUGGGCGCUGAGGGUGAUUGGCAUCGACAGCCCAGACCAGGAGAAGCGGACACCUCUGCAUCUCGCCUGUGCCAACGGCCACGUGGAUGUAGUUAGAUUUCUAGUGAGACAGAACUGCCAGCUGAACCCCUAUGACAAUUGGAGGAGAUCACCCCUGAUGAAGGCAGUGCAGAGCCAGCGGGAAGAGUGUGUGGCUGUUCUGCUGGAGCAUGGGGCCAGCCCGAAUCUGCAAGACACUGAUGGCAACACCGCCCUUCACCUGGCUGUGCUGUCUAAUGAUAUAAAUAUCGUGUUGCUGUUACUCGAGCAUCAUGCUGAUAUUGAUGCAGAGAAUAGGGAGGGUUGUACCCCACUGAUGCUGGCUGUCUGGGAACAUCACAAGGAUGUAGCAGUGCUUCUUCUUCUAAAAGGAGCUGAUGUGCAUGCUCCAGAUCUGUAUAAAAGAACCCCACUUAUGAUUGCUGCAUCUGAUGGGCAGCUUGAUUUGGUGAGAAUUCUUCUUCAGUUCGGGGCUGAUGUUUUCCAGGAGGACAUUGUUGGGCGCACAGCCAAGGAUUAUGCUAUUCUGUAUGGAUACUCUGGGUCUGGCAGGAAGCAGAGCGAAGAAUCUCUGAAAAACUUGACUGAGGAGGAACUGCCACUUCCCCACGUGGAUGGUAUCGUCUGUGUGGGGGUGACCUUGACUGGUGGUAGCCAGGUGAUGUUGGCUGAGAACCAUAAUUACCACUCUUCUCUUCUCCUCCUCUUGGAUUUGGUGGUGAUCGCAGGCGGGAACGAGAAAGGGAUCGACUACAUGAUGGAGAGAAGGUGCACAAAGAGCAAGUCUGGGUGGCUACAGGGCACCACCAACCACCAAGAAAACACGACCGAGCCUGAAGACAGUGAAGUUCCGUUUUAA